AUGCAUCCUCCUUCUGCAAAGGCAAUUUUGAAUAUACAAACAUCAGAAACGCUCAGUUACAAGAAGCUCUUCCUUCGUCAUUUCUCGCAACACCUCAAUAGCCAUCUUUCUAUUCAUUACAACCUCGCUUUUCGAAACAAUCUCAAAGAAAUGAAGAAAGAAUGGAGCCGCAGCCGAGGAAAGCCAGAAAAGAGGGAGGAACUAAUCUCAGCUUCAGGAAACGAAUACAUGUGCUCUCUCGCUGCGUUCGAUAAAACAACAUCUCGGCGGUCGUCUUGUAACUUGUGGUCAGAAGUCGGAGGUUUAGCUUUUGGACGGGUAUUGGCCAGGUUCUGGUCAGAACUUGCCCAAAAAAUGCAUGGGCCAUGGUCAGAUUUUGAUCAGAAGAAAAAGUGGAAACACUUCUGGAUCCUUGGUCAGAAGUUAAUAAUGGAAUUACUACAAGCUUUGUUAAUCGGAGUUUUGCCAGCUUUUGUACUGUUUUCAUCCAGAACCAGAAUAUCCAGAAGUUGCCGGCGACGCCCAUGGUUGUGGUUCUUGCACAACCCAAUAAAUAUGACAUUCAGACCUGCUGGAGUUGUUCAACCCCGAGAAAAAAUCUGA